GGAAGACGUGGCUGUUGCUGCAGUGGCAGCUGUCAUCCAAAUUACUCUGAAAUAAAUACUCAAGACUAUAUUUAAUAUUUUUCUUUAUUUAUAUUUAUUUUCGCCCCUCCUUUCAGCGUCAAAAUGAUUUCUCUUACGGACUCCCAGAAGAUUGGAAUGGGGUUAACAGGCUUCGGCGUGUUUUUCCUCUUCUUCGGGAUGAUCCUGUUCUUUGAUAAAGCUCUGCUGGCUAUUGGAAAUAUCCUGUUUGUUGCUGGACUCGCCUUCGUCAUCGGGCUGGAGAGGACUUUCCGUUUCUUCUUCCAGAAGCACAAGAUGAAGGCCACGAGUUUCUUCCUGGGAGGCGUGUUUGUGGUGCUCAUUGGAUGGCCCAUCAUUGGCGUUGUGCUGGAGGUCUACGGCUUCUUCCUCUUGUUCAGGGGUUUCUUCCCAGUUGUAGUGGGCUUUAUCAGAAGAAUACCAGUCCUGGGCUCCAUCCUAAACCUCCCCUUCAUCAGCGCAUACGUGGACAAAGUAGGCGAGAGCAACACGAUGGUAUAACAGAGACUUUUUCUACCUGGAGAUGCUGUCUGAGAGCAGCAGCUUUUAUAAAACAACACAACGUCCCAUCAGCUGGUUUGAAGCCCCCCCUUCCUGCUGGCAGAGACUGCUACCUGUCUGCCUGUAAUUUCACCGCUCAGCUCCACCAAUCAAAGGGUCAUCAGAGCGUCACACCACCCGCCUGUUACUGAAGGGUGGAGUCACCAAGGUCACUACAGUAAAUACUUCCAAUGCUAUUGAUCCCCUCUCCAUUGAGGCGUGAAUAUAAAGGACGGAGACUUUCCUCCUCUGUGGGACAAAAACGGAUAGACAGAUGGAGGAUUAGAGAAGUGGACCUGCCGCUUGCCAUACUUUCUGUGCCUGUGCUUUAACUUUAUUUGGAUGAGAGUUUUGAAGUUUUGUGUCUUUGCAGUAAUUCUGUGAUGCUUUAUUUCUUUUUGUCUUGCAGCUUUUUGAGUGUUGCUGAUGUGAUCUUUUCCUUCUGUUACAUGUCAUUUCUUGUUACGGUUUGCUGAUAUCAGUGUAAAUUAUUCCUAAACUGAUCAAUGCUUUACUUUAUGUGUACUGAAGAUCUCUGUGAUCAUUCUGGAUUUUGUUACAACGGCUCCUUUCCCGUAACCCAGCUGACAAAUCCUCCAAAGAGGCUAGUGCACUAACACGGCUGGUGAGCAUAACCCUUAAAUUACACAUACUCCGUCUGCGUAGAGAACUGCACACCUAGCUCAGUCUGAUCAAAUCACUUCUUUUCUAGUUAAGAAUCGGCUCAUGUGAAGCCACAGACAGCGAGUAUUUCAGACCAGAACAGUGCCAUCUCUAGGCCUGUAGCCAUUUGUGAUAUUGCAGCUAAGGCUUUUCUUUUAGCACGAAAAACUUGCAGGAAAACUCAAGCACAUUGUUGAAAUUGCACAAAAACACAGUCAAUGUUUAGGUCAGGAGUUUUCCUGCAACUUUUGAUAAUUUGAAAUGAGAAAUUACACGAUAUUAUGUGCUUAGAUCUUCUAUUUUUGCAUCCGUGGUUCCUAAAACUGUCAUCGAUAUCAUUCAUUUGAAAUAGCUAUGACAUUUAAAACUCUGGUUUCUUUACAACCUCUGUUUUUUCAACUGAUGGCAGAAAUCUUAAAAAAAAAAAAAAAUCUCAAUUAUGCCUCUUGCUAUCAGUAAUUUUUCCAUUUAUGUUGGUUUUGUUGAUGAGAAAGGCUCCUUAAGUUAAAAAAAUGAUCCUAAAGUUCUGCGCAUCAUCUCUUUUUGGAGAAAUCUGACGAUUUAUUUCACAUGCAUCAGUUAUUUAACUCUUUAGUUAAUGAAUCAACUCUUAAACCCAGAGAAGUAACACUCCUUAACACUACCAAAACUGUAAAAUACAAAGCAGCUGCAGCUACAUUCAGAAUAUUUAUAAAUCUACAGGCCUUUUUUAUGUAUAUUAGCGUCAGAUUUAUGAAAGUUCUUGUCCUCUUCGAGCUUCAUCUCUCGUCUUUGUUGCAUUCAUCCAGUGUCCUUAAACUCUGCUCAGCUUUAAAUGUUUAUAUUUCUUUUUUUUUUAAUUUUAAAAGAGAGAAAACGUUUUCCUCCAGACGUCAGCCAACCAGAGAACCAAUAAAAUAAAUCCUCCAGCUGUGGGUUUUUUUUGUUCCAAGCAUUCAGAGAACUGAAGUUAGCUGUGAAAUGACAAUGUUUUCUUGUACGGCACUUUUGUAAAUAUACUUUGGAAUUAAGCUUUG